CUCGAUCGCCAGACCCGAGAGGUGCUUCGUCUUGUAUGCCAAAUCUUGGGGAUCCUGGCUGCCAAGAUGGGUUCUCCUUCGCUGCAAGAGAAGCUGAACAAGAUCCGGUCUCCGAAUCUGCAAAACCAGAAACAGACCGCCACUGUUCUCGAGGGCGUCGAAUCCGCCUUCAAGGAGCGCAAUACCGAACCCACACCGACCGCUUACUUCGCAGCACUGCUCAGUCUCCUCGACAACCAAAAACUCGCACAGCCCGUCGUCUAUCUCCUCGAUGUCGUGACACCAUUCACGCCCGAGCCCCUCCUUCGCGCCAAGUUCACUCAGAUUCUCACCAUCUUGGCGCCAGUGCUGUCCCAGCCGGAUGCCGAUGCGCCCCUGAUCAGAUCGUCGAUUGGCUGCUUGGAAGGCUUGCUGCUGGCCCAGGACGCGGCAGCAUGGGAGUUGAGCGCCGCUGUCGUUGGCCCCCGCCGGGCGGUGGGCGGCUUGCUCAGCUUCUCGCUUGAUCCACGCCCCAAGGUGCGCAAGAGGGCACAAGAAGCGCUGAGGAAGAUCCUGAAGAACCCGCCGCCGAGCCCGUCCCUCGACCACCCCGCCGCAGCCAUGUGCGCCGAGACCGCUAUGAUGAGCCUGACCGCGCUCGCGGAGAAGGCUGCCCGGUUGAGGAAGGAGAAGAAGGUGUCCGAGGGCGUGCACGACCCGGAAUUGAUCCACGCACUCCAGCUGGUCAAGACCAUCGCCUCGGCCAGCGGCGGGUGGCCGAGCAAAAAGAUCGAGCCGCUGUGCGAGCUGCUUCUUGGCAUUGCCCGGACUGGAAACGAGCACAUGAGCAUGGCCGUGUUCGACAUCUUUGAGAUGAUCUUUGAGGGGAUGGCGGACGAGGUCGCGUCGGCCAAGCUGCCGAGGCUCCUCGAGAUCAUCAAGGAGUUGCGCCCAGCACCCAACGAUACCCAGCUACUCCCGCCGUGGAUCGCCAUCCUGUCAAGAGCCUAUGACGUCUCGGCUCAAAUAUCGCCCGGAGAGACGUUCCAGGAGAUAUUGGAACCGUUUAACAUGGUGGCGGGGUACCUCGAGUCUGACGCGAAGAACAUCCGGAUCUCUGCCUCUGAGUGCCUGGUGUCGUUCAUGGCGAACUGUGUCCCGCGCCAGGUCCUGGUGGAUCCUUCAGUAUACGACGAGAAGGUUAUUCAACAGCUGGUCAAUACCGUUGAAGGCCUCCUCACCGUCAAGUACCAAGCAGCGUGGCUCGAGACGUUCAACGUCAUUGGCGCCAUGUUUGACGCUCUCCGUUGGAGGGCGGCACCCUACCUCCUCCCCAUCACCAAAAGUAUCGGUGAGAUGCGCGGCAACGACGCGUUCACCGGCAAGCAGGAGGCCGAUGAGGUCCUCGGGAAGGCUAUCCGAGCCAUGGGGCCUGAGGCGGUUUUGAGCGUUUUGCCCCUGAACCUCGCGAAGCCUGCCAAGGGUCAGCCGGGAAGGGCGUGGAUGUUGCCGAUUCUGCGUGACUACACGUCCAACACCAAUCUUUCCCAUUUCAAGAGCGAGUUUGUGCCACUGAGCGCGGCCAUGUUCCAGCGAGUACUGGACCACGGCUCCGCUGCCAAGACGAUGGAGGUCAAGAUUUUCGAGACGGUAGUUCAACAGAUUUGGUCUAUUCUCCCGGGAUACUGCGAUCUGCCCCUGGAUCUUGUGGAGGCUUUUGACAAGGAAUUCGCCGAGAUGCUCACGAAUCUGCUUUACGAGCAAGUCGAGUUGCGACUGGACGUUUGCCGCGCCCUCAGGGCGCUCGUGGAAUCGAACCAGGCCGUUGCCUCGGCCACAGACGAAGACGAUCCAAUCCUCCACAACAGGGUGACCAAGGAGACGGCACAGAAGAACCUCGAGUACCUCGGAACCACAUUCUCUGCUGACUUCCUGGCGGUGCUUUUCAACAUCUACAGCACAACUCUGCCGCAGAAGCGGGGUCCGGUGUUGCAAACCAUCAACGCCUACCUCAGCAUCAUCCCCCCCGCCCGGCUCAUGGAGACGUUCGAUCUCGUAUGUGAGAAGCUUGCUGCGGCUCUCCAAGAACCAGUUGAAAAGCCAAAGGCCCAGCAGAGCGGCGAGCAGGUGCCUUCCACGGCCCACACGCUCAUGGAUCUGGUUGUCACCAUGUCUAUCUACCUACCGAGGGAGAGCUUUGAGGCGCUGUUCAAGAUUGCAUCGCUCGUUGUCUUCAAGGACGACGACCCGCAGCUUCAGAAGAAGGUUUACAAGCUGAUCCCGAGGCUAGCUGAAUCUGAAGUCGGCAAGGCCGCCAUUGAGCAGAGGCACGCGGAGAUUCAGGCUCUCAUCCUGUCGAGCGCUGAAAAGGUAUCUGCGCCCGCCAGGCGCGAGCGCCUCGCCGCGAUCGCGGCACUGAUCCCCUUCCUUCCUAAUACGUCUCUCCAUUUCAUUCCCUCCAUCCUCUCCGAGGUUGUCAUCAGCUGCAAGGAGCACAACGAAAAGGCCCGUACAACGGCGUUUGAUCUGCUUGUUCUUAUGGGCCACGCUAUGGUGGCUGCUGACGGGGCAACCAUCGACAACAGCAAAGUCCCGCACAUGCCCAAGGAUGCGCCGAUGGCGAAGGCAUCUCUCGAGGAGUACUUCACCAUGGUUAGCGCCGGUCUCGCAGGUAGCACACCUCACAUGAUUUCCGCCACCAUCACCGCCAUCACUCGCGUGCUCUACGAGUUCCGGGAAACGCUCAGCAGAGACACCUUGUCGGACCUUAUCCAAACCAUGGACCUCUUCCUGACGUCCAACAACCGCGAGAUCGUCAAGAGCGUCCUGGGCUUCGUCAAGGUGUGCGUCAUCAGCCUGCCGACCGACCUCAUGCUCCCACGCCUCCCGACCCUAAUUCCCAAUGUGAUGGUCUGGAGCCAUGAGCAUAAGGGUCACUUCCGUGCCAAGGUCAAGCACAUCCUCGAGCGCAUGAUUCGGCGCUUCGGUGUCGACGCUGUCAACAAACACUGUCCGGAGGCUGACCGCAAGCUGAUAACCAACAUUCGAAAGACCAAAGAGCGCAGCAAGCGCAAGAAGGAGGCCGCCAAGGAUGGUGGUGGUGACCUCGACGCCGAAGGUGCCGGCGCUGGCAGGCGCAAGAGUCGCUUCGAGAGCGAGUACGACCAGGCGCUGUACAGCAGCGACGAUGAGGAUGAUGAGGGCAGCGAGUCGGAUCACUCGGACGACUCGGAUGCCGAAAUGAGGGGUCGCAAGCAAAAGAAGCGCGGGGCAGCCCAGAAGCAGGGAGGCAACGCAUACAUUCUUGAGGAUGAGGACGAGCCGCUGGAUCUGCUUGACCGGAAUGCCCUCGCCAGUAUCUCGACGACCAAGCCGAGCCGGUCGAAGAAGGACGGGAAGCGGAUGAAAGCCAAGACGGACCCGGAUGGGAAGCUUAUCCUGGGCGAUGAUGAUGAAGCAAUGGACAUUGACAGCGGGCCCGCCGCUGCUGGUGAUGAUGACGAGGAGGAGACUGGUGUCGGCGCGUACGUCGCUGCGCUGCGGGGUAAGGAUGUGCCGCGCCGCGGCCUGCGCGGCAAGCUCAAGUGGAACCGCAGGAGAAAGAAUGACGAGUCCGACGACGACGAGAGCGACGACGGCAUGGAUGUUGACGAAGACGCCGCGGCCAAGGCGCUCAGGGAGAAGCGCGGCGCUGGCGGGAAAGGGCGGGCCGCUGGCAGCCGUGCCGGUAGAGGGCGGGGAGUUGCAAGCCGGGUUGGUAAGGGAGGAAUUGCCGCUGCUGUGGGAAGGAGGGGCUUGGGACAGGAGAAGCGGAGGGGGCCGGCUACGUACGGGAGCCGGGUGAGCAAGAGCGGGAGCCGGAGGUGAGGAGUCGAAGGGGGGUUGUGUUUGUGUAUGUCUGUGAGGGAGGAAGUUAUGUGUGGUUGAAGCCGACUGAAUUCCGUCUUGUAUCUCUCUUGGUGCUGGGUUGUUCGGUCAGAAAAUGGUUCCUUGAUGUAGGGAUCGCAAUUGGAAUGUGGCUUAUUUUUGUCAGAUCGUCGCUAGGCAAGAUAUGGUGGUGCCUGAAGGUUCUCAAGAGGAGCAUUCCAGCUCUGGGACUAACUUGCUCUGUCAAUGGACCUCUGUUCAUAGCUAAAGGUACCUAGGGAAAGAGACGGCGCUCGCUCUAAAUUGACAUGAAUCUUAAACUUCUGACCUGAC